AUGUUUGGUUUUGGAUAGUCCAUUUUUGGUUUUGGAAGACGUAGUAAUAAAUUUAAUAAAACUAAAACUACAUACUCCAGAUAUUCUAGUUUAAAAUUAAUAAAGUUCAAUUGCCUUUAAAUUUAAAUAUCACUUGUCCUAUGCUUUUAUUGGCAUCAAAGCAAGACAGUCUCAUUCCUUAAUAUCAUAUUGAUACAAUUUUUAAGGGAUAUUAAGAACAUAAGAGGUAUUUGUUAUGUAAUGCAAUCAUAAUCAACAAAGAUCAAGUGA